GAUUGUCGUUGGUGCGAGAACCUACGUAUCCGGAAACAUUUAUCCGUAAAAAAGGUCAUAUCCGGACGAGAUCGUAUUUUCGAAAGGACACUCGAGGUUCGAGAUUUUGAGGCCGCGACGAUGCUCGUUCUCGGUGGGCUCGUGGCGCUUCUGGCAGGCGCGUCGGAUGCUUUUCUGUUUGGCCGGAAUGCCAGAGCUAGCACCAACACUACGUCGGUGCCGUACAAGGACGCGUUUGAUGCUGUGGAAUCGGCCAACUUGUCGCAUUCGUACAACGUGAUUGCGCAGGUGCACUUGCAGAACUUUGAGUUCAAGUACGAUUCGAUCCCGGGGCGGCGGCAGCUCGGGCUCCUCGCGUCGCCGUCGCUCAAGGAUUUGCUGCAGGACGGCAUCCACGUCUAUGCCGAGCGGCACGUGUUCACGCAGGACAAGCACAAGGUGACGAUCCAAAACUUCCACGCUGUGGACAAGGACGCGCUGUUCAUGCACAACGUCGGCGCGACGCAAGUGCUGAUCCGUCGCGCGGCGGAAGUGCAGAUGGCGCUGCGGAGUCUGGCGUCAGAGGUAGCAACCGCCCAAAGCCAGUUGACGCUGCUGCAGGGCCAUUUGGAGACGGAGGCGUCAGCGGUGUUGGUCGAACAGCGCAAGAUCGCCGAAGCCGGGGUCAAGCACGUGGAGCUCGAGAUUGAAAAAGCCAAAGUCCAAGGCAUGGAAGACCGGUUGUCGCUGGAUGUAAAGAAAGAGAACGAGCUGGCUGUGGCCGACAAGCAGCAUGCGCUGCACACGGAACGCAUUCAAUACGAAGACAUCCAACGUCGAGCGCAGAACAAGGAGCUGGUGGACCUGCAAGAAGCCGCAAACCAGCGCAUGGAAGUCCAGCGCCGCAACACGGAGACGAUCCUCAAGGAGAAGCAACUGGCGGCGGACAAGGAGCGUAUGUGGGUUGAGCAGAACACGACACUCGAGAAAGCUGUCAUCGACGUCGAAGGCCGCAUCAAGCAGCAGCGAUUGAACCACGAUAUUGAAAUGCAACAGCUUCAAACUACACUCGCCGCAGAACAAGAAAAGAUCCUACGGGCGCUCCAAAGUGCCUUUGACAACAUUGGCAGCGGCGUCAUGACGCUGCUAGCUGACUCGGACAAGUUGAUGCAUUUCGUCGGCACAGUCGUUGCCAUUGCGUGUGGUAUUUACCUGACUAGGGAAACCAUUCGCAUUGUGGGCCGCCUCGUGGAGCAACGACUUGGAAAACCGUCGCUCAUUCGAGAAACCUCUAGACAAGGAGGGUUACUUGGAUGGUUUCGCAGCUGGUUCCAGGCUCCCGUAGGUCUCGAGAGCUUUCAGGACGUGGUCGUGCAUGCAGCGCUGGAGUCGCGACUGUUGGGGCUCGCGCGAGCUACCCGGAAUGCGAAAAAACACAACGCGCCGUACCGGCAUCUGCUCUUGUAUGGUCCCCCUGGAACAGGCAAGACGAUGGUCGCCAAGCGAUUGGCGGCAGCGUCAGGCAUGGAUUACGCAAUCAUGAGCGGGGGUGACGUGGGGCCAUUGGGAAGUGACGCUGUCACAGAGCUCCAUGCGCUGUUUCAUUGGGCCCAAUCCUCGCCACGAGGAGUGUUGAUCUUCAUCGACGAAGCCGAAGCAUUUCUGGGCUGUCGCGCCACGCGCAAGACGCACAUGAGUGAAGCUAUGCGGAAUGCCCUAAAUGCACUCUUGUUCCACACGGGCACGCAAACCAAGCAGUUUAUGCUCGUAAUCGCUACCAACCGCCCGGAGGACUUGGACACGGCCAUCACCGAUCGGAUCGACGAUGCACUCCUGUUUGAUCUGCCGGAACCGGCCGAGAGACUGCGCCUUAUGCGGUUGUAUUACCAUGAAUGCGUGGCUUCAUUGCCUGGCGGAGACACUUGCGUGGGCGUACUGGACCAGUACGACAAAGCUACCGACGGCAUGAGUGGUCGUGAGAUCGCCAAGAUGAUGCUGUACCUGCAGAAUAUGGCGUACGCGCAGGACGUUGUCGGCAUCGACGCGGCGCUUGUGGGCCGUGUCAUUGUCGAUAAAAUCGACGAACACAAGAGAAAGGCCGAGUUGAAAUCGUACAAGGACGACACGCUAUCGUCGCAGUAAAAAAAUUAAUAGCGAACGCAUCCUCUCUAUAUAUAAUAUAUAUAUAUAUA